AUGGAGAAGGUCCAGUUAGUCAACCUGUUGUGGCAAAUAGUUUGCUGGAGGAGGCGGGACUGCCCGGCGCCAGCUGCCUUCAUGAGGUGGCGUGUGGACAGGUGGCGGACCAUGUUGGGGAAGAUGGGGCCCACCUUGUCAAAGUGGUGGAGGGACAAGAGUGGGGACAGGGAGUGGGAUGAUAACAAGCCAGAUAUAUCGCCACAUAAUUGUGGACUAUUGUCUAGCUAUCUAAACACUAUAAUAACUUCAAGAACCGAAAAUUUGAAGCAAUCAAAAUAUAGUCAUCUGGUGAUUUCCAUUGUUUGGAGACAGGUUAGCACCAAUGUCAGCAAUACAGGCCCUGGUGGUGUUAUCAGCGGAGUUCAAAAACACGUACCUCUUGAGACAACUUUCCAUGUCCCGAGCCAGGGCUUUCGCCAGCUUUCGGCUCAGAAUUAUCCCACCCCCGCCAAAAGCCUGGUCGAACGAAAACAGAUUAUUCGACACUAUACUCUCCGAAUUCCCACCGAGAUAGUAAUACCUCUCGUGGUCGUACUUACUAAGCACGUCGACCAUAUUGAAAUCGAGUCGUCAUCCCCCAUCACCACCCAUCUGAAAUCGUCUUCUUUAUCGUCAACUAAUUCUACCUCCCUCACGACUUCCAUUAUCCCGUGCACCAUCCUCUGGGCCCGGAUAUUGGUCUUGUUGAACGCGGUAGGGAGGGGAGGUGUCGGGCCAGGGCAGGAGGUUGGGCCCCGAGGGUUUGUCGAGGAAGAUGAAGCCAUGGGUGGAGUUGGGCCGCCACCACGACUCGAUGUACGAUUUUCGGUUGGGCCAGGCCUUUUCGGAGGCGAGCAAGCCGAACACGAGGUGGCUGAGAUUGGUCGGCUUAGUUUUGGGGCGGCCGGUUGGGGAGAAUUGGAAGGUAGGGAGAUGAGGUUGUUGUUUGGGUAUGAAAUUGUGAUGAAACCAAGGGCAAUUCCUAUCAAUAUCAUGAGCAGUAGUUGUGUAUGGCAUUGGCUGCAGAUUUUGAUAAGUACCCUUGUU